UUUCUGACAUGUUAGCUAGUCAUGCAUAUAUAAACAGUGGGUGUCACCUUUCGGGCUGGGUGUCAUUUGAGGGAGGCUUCAAGUAGGGAUGUUGUCAAGUGCAUGCCCACCCCUUAGCUUGGGCAGUUGACCUCCUCCGCCAGGGCCGCCGCGAUCUCCAAUUCUCCAUCCCCCUCCCCCAUCCCAUCCCAUCUUGCCUUCCAUUGACCGCCAAUUCGAUCUCCCUCAGAGCUCCGCAGCAGGUUUCAUAUCGCAUGCGCAAAAUCGCGAGCCAAAUAAGCCUCAGAUCGAGACAGUACCAAAGCUAGCCAGCAUGAUCGGAGGAGGGACGAACAACAACCCCUAUUUCCUGCAGAAUCACCACCACCAGCAGCAACAGCUGUUCCACCACGCCCUCGAUGGCAUGGACGGCGGCGGCGGCGGGUUCAUGGAGCCGCCGGCGGCGUCCGAUUCGGCCGACGCGCACUGCCACGCGCUGCUCUACAACCUUUCCUUGCUGAGGGACAAGGUGCAGCAGCUGCAGCCGCUCGUCGGUCUCGCGAUGGAGCACGAUCGACCCGGGGGAACCGUCGCCGCCGUGUCCAGCGCCGGCGCCGUCAUCCAGGAGAUCAUCACCGCCGCCUCCUCGAUGAUGUACGCCUUCCAGCAGCUUUGCAGCCACGGCGCUCAAUCCUCCACCACCGCUAACGCGGCGCCGCCGGGGGAGGCCGCCGGCACCAGCACGAUCAUAGAGCUGGACGCGGCGGAGCUGCUGGCCAAGUACACGCACUACUGCCAGGUGUGCGGCAAGGGGUUCAAGCGCGACGCCAACCUGCGGAUGCACAUGCGCGCGCACGGCGACGAGUACAAGAGCAGCGCGGCGCUGGCGAACCCGGCCAAGGGCAAGGCCGGCGGGGGAGGAGACGCCACGGCGGCGGCGGCGAGAGCCAGCAGGUCCUACUACUCGUGCCCCCAGGAGGGGUGCCGGUGGAACCGGAAGCACGCCAAGUUCCUGCCGCUCAAGUCGGUGAUCUGCGCCAAGAACCACUACAAGCGCAGCCACUGCCCCAAGAUGUACGUCUGCAACCGCUGCAACCGCAAGCACUUCUCCGUGCUCUCCGACCUCCGCACGCACGAGAAGCACUGCGGCGACCACCGCUGGGUCUGCUCCUGCGGCACCUCCUUCUCCCGGAAGGACAAGCUCAUCGGCCACCUCUCGCUCUUCGCCGGCCACCAGGCCGCCGUGCCGCUCGACAGGCAAGCAGCCAACGGCAAGAGAUCGCUACUGUCGUCGUCGACAUCCACCACGCACUUCGGUACGUAAUAAUAAUGGCCUGGCACUGGCAGAUAGAUGUGAUCAGAAGAAAGCCAUUGAUGUAGUACUUCAGGUAUGAUGAUGUGUAUCACAGUAUAUCAGCAUAUACAUAUAAAACGGCGCCCAUGCUUCUCAAAAACAGCGCAUGCAUGAGUUUGAUUGCUGUAUUUCCUUAGCUUUAUCUAAAACGAAUAAAAGGAACAGCUAGUAAUCAAACUCAUGCUGCUGACAACUGUUAGU